UUCCAACUCUCCCUAUUCUAAUUUUUUCUUUGCAUUUCGUUGUUGAAAAUAUAGAGAGUGAUAGAUCGAUGGCCUAUUUUAGAACGGAACAAAAUUUAACGAUUGAAAAUGGGGUGAUGAAUCAAACGCAAUCAAAUCUGCAAGCUCUCCUAAAUGAAGUGGUGCAGCAAAGGCAAUUGAGUGGAUAUGUUCAUUUGAAUAGAGAGGUGGAUGAAGGGCAAUCAUCCGGACUUUUGUAUCAAGAACUUUUUGAAAAGGUACUAUCAAAGACUGAUGUUGGGCAACGGCUAAUUGUUCCCAAAAGUAAUGCUGUAAAGGACUUCCCGUUACCUCCGAAAAUGUAUACUAGAGGAGAAGAAGCUGAAGAUAGUGUUACAUUUGAGACCAUCGAUUUGUGUUUCGUUGACAAAGAUCUUAAGCCAUGGAGCUUUCGAUAUUGUUAUGUGAAAAGCUCCAAAAGCUUUGCGCUUACAAAAUAUUGGUCCAGGUUUGUUUGGGAGAAAGGCCUUAAGGUUAAUGACUCCGUCAUCUUUUACAAGUGUAAAGAGUUCAGAGAAGGCCAACCAUUUUUCAUGAUUGAUACAAGGUCUGCACAAGGCCAAAGAAAUGAUAUUGGACGAAACAUUAGGUUACAAGUUGGUCAUUCUGGACAUAUGUUAAAUGAGGAAGGGAGAAGAGAAGAGGAGAAUGAGGGAGGCAUUAGAUUAUUUGGUGUCAACAUUAACUAAGAAAGAGUUAUAAUGUCUACCUAGAUAGUUGGUUUAACAAGAGUAUUUCCUAUUUUUCUUUAGUUUAAUGUUUAGAAUUAUUUUUUUUUUACUAUUCCCAAUGUUAACUUUAUUGAAAAAAAAAUUCAAGUUAGUUACCAAAA